AUGCUAAGCAUUCUAAAGAUAUCUAUCUUCUUGAUGUUUAUGGUAUCUUUUGGAUUCAUUUUUAUAAUGAUCAUUGAACAGAGCAGCUUCCUUAGCUAUUUUACAUUUCUCGAAAAAAUGACUUGCAACAAUAAUAAAAACUUUCCGAAAUCAAAUGGAACAACUUCUCAUGUGAAUCCGUCAUAUAUUCUACGUCAAGGCAAUGGAAUUAUAUUUCUUGAGACUGGAAACAGGGCACAACCACCUUCCUUAGUGCUAUGUGCAAUUGAAUCAGCUGCUCGUGUAUAUCAUGAUAGACCAGUAGCUUUCUUCACAAAUGGAUUGUCUGACAUGAACUCAGAGAAUGAUAAGGAUUCAGCACAAAUGAAAAUACCGAUUCUUUCAUCUUUUCCAAAUGUCUACAUUUUCCCUUUAAAACUGGAAGACACAUUUAAGGAUACACCACUUCUAUCUUGGUAUCAAAGAGUUAAAGGUACAUAUGAAUCUUAUUGGGUCAACAUCAUUUCAGAUGGCUGCAGAUUGGCCCUUAAUUGGAAACAUGGAGGGAUUUAUAUGGACACAGAUGUCAUAUCUAUUCGACCCAUUGCAGUAAAAAACUUUCUCGCAGAACAAUCCUCACAAUUUUUAAACAAUGGUGUUUUUGGACUAUCUCCAAGACACACUUUUGCUUGGCAUGCCAUGGAAGAUUUUGUAAAGAACUAUAAUGGAGCAAUAUGGGGACAUCAGGGUCCUCAGCUGUUCACACGUGUUCUGAAGAAAUUUUGUGACAUAUCAAAGUUUACAGCAAUUGAAGAUGCGAUUUGUGGAAAUAUCUCCUACUUCCACCCACAAUGUUUCUACCCUAUACCACCCCCUAGUUGGAGAAAAUACUUUGAGACUUGGGACAAGUUUCCAACAUUCAAUGACAGCUAUGGGCUGCAUCUAUGGAAUAAAAAGAAUAGUGAACAUAUGACUAUGGUUCCUGGGAGUAACACAUUGGUAGAGCAUCUCUACCAACAAUACUGUCCGACCAUUUACAGAGCUGUUUAG